GACUCUUUGUGUGGCACCUGAAGAGCUGUGGCGCACGGCACAUCCCGUGCCAGUUCGUGCACCUUUGCCAUGUAGCCAACAACAGGUUGAUUACAUUUCAGUACUUCAACUUUCUCAAACGAAUGUAUGUAACACAGUACAACAACGACCUCAGCCAACGAGCCAAACCCAAGCCUGAUGCAGUUGUGUCUCCUUUCCGUGACCUUCAGCAAUUGGAUCAGGACAAAAAGGUUAUACACAAGAUCAGCCCAAUUUCACCUGUUCAUCAGCCUUGGUGUGAGGCACCAAGCAGAAAUGAGCUGAGAGAAAUGAAGUCAGCUGCAGAAACUGAAGAGUGCUUCCCAGCAGUAAAAGCAGAAUCCAAAGAAGACAGACAAUGGAAAGAGAUGAAGCUAAAGCUGGAGGAUUUGCCAGGGAUUUUGGCACGCUUGUCCAAGAUCAAGCUUACAG